AAUAUUCUCGGUGAGGAUGAACAAACAAAUAAAAUAAAAGAUGACUGGCUGUCCCAGGACCCACUGGGUGCUGGGCAAGGUGGGGCCAGGAGAGGGAGCCAGGCGAUGGGCCGGCCAGUCUCUCCCACGCUGGGUGGCUGCCUGGGGGCUGGGGAGAGUUGAGGGCAGUUGGGAGUGGGUAGGAGUGAGGCCAAAAGCCUGGGGGAAGCUACUGGGAGCCAGGCCAGGGAAUGGGGAGUCAGGAAGUGGGGAGGGGGAGCCUGAGGGGCAUGGCCUUGGAGGGGGUGGGAAGUGGUAACUCCGGAAGGGAGAGCCUGCAGGAGAGAAGGGACGUCAGAGAAGAGGAGGUGGCACCCUGGGUCCUCCUUCUAUAAAAGGAAAAGUGGUAGCCUUCCUGCCUUGCCCUCUCCCCUCCAUGUGCCCAUGCUAAGCAGACUCAUCCUACCUCUGGGCAGUGAAUUCCCUGAUGGCUGUGUGCCUUCUGCACUCCAGCCGCUGGGUCCUGCCUCACAGUGUCAGCCGCCUCCUCUCUUUGCUCACCUCUUGAUGCUUCCUUCCCUGUUUCCCACCCUCUUUCUGGGCAGUUCACUCAGGCUGCUCAGCCCUGGAAACCGACUCUGGGGGCAGAGGGCAGCUGGGGGACCCUGAGAAAAGGGAGCCAGACCCCCUGGGACCUAGGCCCUUUCUGUGCGUCAGCCAGGCCUUGCCCUGACUUCCUAGCCCCUUGGGGCUCUGUCCACCAAAUAGGGAAGAGACAGCUGAGAGCUGGCUGUUGGGUUUGGGGAAAGACGAUGUCAUCAGCUGGCCCAGGGCCUGUGACCCAUCCCCCAUCUGGCUGCUAGGGAUCCCCCUCCCCUGGGCAAGUCCCAUUUUUCUUUAAAGGAAAACAAAAACUAGGGUUUUUGGGAAAGAAUGAGACACCAUCUGAGUCCCACCAUCAGAGCUGCUGGCUGAAUGGCUUACAGCUCAGCCAAUCACAGAGACUGGGGAGACUUAAAAGAGCUGGCGGGGAGAGUCUGCUAGGAACCUCAGGGAGACCCAGAGGCACAGAGACCGGGAGAGAGGGCAGGAGAGAGACAGACCCAGGCACGCGGGAAGCAGGGUCUGGGCAGCCAGAGGCCGGGAGAGGCAGUUCCCAGGAGAGGGUUUGCAGGACUGGCCACGAGGCACCCUGCUCAAGCCAAGGGCCACGCUCUCUCCACCUCGCCUGAGGUCCCCAGCCCCUGAAACGCUGCCUCUGACCCUGGCGCUGGCCGAGCCACCGCUGCCGAGGGGAGCUUUCCACAGGCUGGGCGUGAAGGGAGCGGGCCGCCGGCGUCAGUCCUUACAGCUCCAGCACCCGCCAUGUCCCCGACGGACCCGCACCCCAAGAGGGGCUGGGCCGGCUGCUGGCUGUGGGGAGCCCCCUGCCGUCUGCUCCCCACCCUGCUCCUGCUGCUGCUGGCCUCCCUCCUGCCCUCAGCCAGGCCAGCCAGCCCCCUCCCCCGGGAGGAGGAGAUCGUGUUUCCAGAAAAGCUCAACGGCAGCGUCCUGCCUGGCGUGGGCACCCCGGCCAAGCUGUGGUACCGCUUGCCCGCCUUUGGGGAGAUGCUGCUAUUAGAGCUGGAGCAAGACCCGGGCGUGCGGGUGGAAGGGCUGACGGUGCAGUACCUGGGCCCGGCGCCGGAGCUGCUGGGUGGGGCGGAGCCGGGCACGUUCCUCACCGGCACCAUCAACGGAGAUCCGGAGUCGGUGGCAUCUCUGCACUGGGACGAGGGAGCUCUGUUAGGGGUGCUGCAGUAUCGGGGGACCGAACUCCACAUCCAGCCCCUGGAGGGAGGCGUCCCUAAUUCUGCUGGGGGGCCUGAGGCUCAUGUCCUACGCCGGAAGAGCCCUGCCAGCGGCCAGGGCCCCAUGUGCAGCGUCAAGGCGCCUCCCAGGAACCCCAAGCCCAGCCCCCGAAGAGCCAAGCGCUUUGCUUCCCUGAGUAGAUUUGUGGAGACCCUGGUGGUGGCGGACGACACGAUGGCAGCGUUUCACGGUGCAGGGCUGAAGCGCUACCUGCUCACGGUCAUGGCCGCCGCGGCCAAGGCCUUCAAGCACCCAAGCAUCCGCAACCCCGUCAGCCUGGUGGUGACGCGGCUGGUGGUUCUGGGGCCGGGCCAGGAAGGGCCCCCAGUGGGGCCCAGUGCCGCCCAGACCCUGCACCACUUCUGUGCUUGGCAGCGAGGGCUCAACACCCCCGAGGACUCGGACCCGGAUCACUUUGACACAGCCAUUCUGUUUACCCGUCAGGACCUGUGUGGGGUCUCCACCUGUGACACCCUGGGCAUGGCCGACGUGGGGACCGUGUGUGACCCGGCUCGGAGCUGCGCUAUCGUGGAGGACGACGGGCUCCAGUCGGCCUUCACUGCCGCUCACGAACUGGGCCAUGUCUUCAACAUGCUCCAUGACAACUCAAAGCCAUGUGUGGGCCUAAACGGGCCUGGGAGCACCUCCCGCCAUGUCAUGGCUCCCGUGAUGGCUCACGUGGAUCCUGAGGAGCCCUGGUCCCCCUGCAGCGCCCGCUUCAUCACGGACUUCCUGGACAAUGGCUACGGGCACUGUCUCUUAGACAAGCCGGAGGCUCCCCUGCACCUGCCUGUGACUUUCCCUGGCAAAGACUAUGACGCUGACCGGCAGUGCCAGCUGACCUUCGGGCCUGACUCACACCACUGUCCGCAGCUGCCGCCGCCCUGUGCUGCCCUCUGGUGCUCUGGCCAUCUCAAUGGUCACGCCAUGUGCCAGACCAAGCACUCGCCCUGGGCCGACGGCACCCCGUGUGGGCCCGCACAGGCCUGCAUGGGUGGCCGCUGCCUCCAUGUGGACCAACUCCAGGACUUCAAGGUCCCACAGGCCGGCGGCUGGGGUCCCUGGGGGUCCUGGGGCGGCUGCUCUCUGAGCUUCCGCUCCUGCAGCUCCCAGGACUGCCCCGCGGGCUCAGCACUGACCUUCCGUGAAGAGCAGUGUGCUGCCUACAACCACCGCCCCGACCUCUUCAAGAGCUUCCCAGGGCCCAUGGACUGGGUCCCUCGCUACGCGGGUGUGGCUGCCCGUGACCAGUGCAAGCUCACCUGCCAGGCGCGGGCCCUGGGCUACUACUAUGUUCUGGAGCCGCGGGUGGUAGACGGGACCCCCUGCUCCCCAGACAGCACCUCGGUCUGUGUUCAAGGCCGCUGCAUCCAUGCCGGCUGUGACCGCGUCAUUGGCUCCAAAAAGAAAUUUGACAAAUGCAUGGUGUGCGGCGGGGACGGUUCUGGCUGCAGCAAGCAGUCUGGCUCCUUCAGGAAGUUCAGGUACGGCUACAACAGUGUGGUCACUAUACCAGCGGGGGCCACCCACCUCCUGGUGCGGCAGCAGGAGCCCCCAGGUGUGCGGAGCCUCUACCUGGCCCUGAGACUCCCCAAUGGCUCCUAUGCCCUCAAUGGUGAAUACACACUAACGCCCUCCUCCACCGACGUCGUGCUGCCGGGGGCCGUCAGCCUGCGCUACAGCGGGGCCACAGCAGCCGCCGAGACGCUGGCCGGCCACGGGCCCCUGGCCCAGCCCUUAAUGCUGCAGGUCCUGGUGGCCGGUGACCCCCAGAAUGCCCGCGUCCGGUACAGUUUCUUCGUGCCCCUGCCGGCCCCUUCGCCGCAGCCUGCUCCCCCGGACUGGCUGCACCGAAAGGCGCAGAUCCUGGAGGUGCUGCGGAGGCGCCCCUGGACCGGCAAGAAAUAGCCUCACCGUCCCGGCGCCCUGGCGCCGCCAGACUGAGCUGGGAGAAGGGGCUUCGAAGGAGCCUCGUGCUGGACACAGUGGGGAGGGCGCACCCCCCAACAAGGAUGCACAGGCCGGCCCUGCCUGCUCCUGCCCUGGAGGCAGCCACCUGGGUGCAAGGGCUGGGAGACAGUCCCGGUCUAAACUGCCCUCUGCCCUGCUGGUCAUAGGAGGCGGAGGCGGCAGGGUGGCCCUGUUGUAUUUAUUUAGUAUUUAUUCACUUAUUAGCACCAGGGAAGGGGCUCUGGGGAAACUGACCUCUGCCCCUCGUGGCCUCACUCUGGCCAGCAAAUCUGGGGUGGGGUGGUGAGCCCUGUGUCCUAUGUGUUUGCGUGUGCGUGUGCGUGUGUGAAGAUGUACACGUGUGUGUGAAGAUGUGCGUGUAUGUGCGCGUGUCUGCGCGUGAGGUGCAGCCUGCCCUGCCUUCCUCUCCCGAGAGCUCUUUUCUGGGAAGGAGGACUCAGGGCGGCAGGUCCCCGGGAGUCGGGUCGCCAUGGUUUAAAUGUAAACGGAAUUCUGUUAUUUAUGUGCCCCCUUGGGAGUGGGCUGCACCCUGGCUCCAAUCGCUGACAUCCGCUUCCCAGUUGCCAACGGCAAUCCCUCCUGGAGGGCUGUGGCGGGGCAGGAGCAACACGAAUAAACAACCGGCAUCUGCCCAGG